UUUUGCUUCUUUUGUCAUUUCCAUCCAUAAGAAACCUGUAAUCACAAACCAUAAAUUCAUAUUAGUGAUGGAUUCUGAGUAAUUCCUGGUUUAACUGUAGAAACUGUUCUGGAGCAGCUGCUUCGUGUUCACUUUGUUUCCUCUAAUCAGCUUCAUUCGGUUCAGCUGUGUUCGCUCUGGUUCACCUGCAGCCAAUUAACUCUUCCAACGGUUUUUUUUUUUUCUUCUUCUUCUGGAGCCUAUAAGACCCGCUCCACUGCAGGGCUUCUUCUUCCCAUAGAAGCUUCCAGGUCGUCUUCAGCAGGAACAUGAACGAAAUCCAGGCUGGGAAAUCCGCCGAAGCUACGCCGAAGCAAACUUUCAGCUGCACGCAGUGCGGAGCGACUUUCGCCAAACAUGGGAGGCUGAAGGAGCAUGAGACGGCGCACACCGGGGCUGUAAGGCACAAUUUCCCGCAUUUUGCACACAAAACUGAAUAUAAAAGGGCAUUCUUGAGCGCUAAAGUUGCACCAAAACGUCCACAGCGUCCGUGUGUGUGCGAAGUCGCCGGCUGUGGGCGCAGUUUCACCAGAAAAGCGCACCUGAGCCGCCACGUGCUGCAGCACGGAAGCAUCAAACAGUUCAAGUGUAAGUUCUCCACGUGCUCACAGAGCUUCGCGAACGCGGGGAAGCUGAAGCGUCACGUGGGCUACGCUCAUGGAGACAAGGACCAGUACUUCAAGUGCCAGCAGCCAAACUGCUCGUUGACCUUCAGGAAGCGCAGAUUGUUUAAGUUGCAUCUGCAGCAGCAUGGAGAGUCUCCGAAUUUCAAGUGUUCAAAGGACGGAUGUGGAGCUUCGUUUGACUCCCACAUCGCCCGUAAAGCCCACGAGAAGAAGCAUGCAGGUUACUGCUGUCCUCGUGCUGACUGUCAGGUGAUAGAAGUCACCUGGUCGAAGCUGCAGAAGCACCUGGCCAAACACCCAGUGUCCCGUCCAUGCAGAGUGUGCAAGAAGGAGUUUAAGAAGGUGGAUUCUCUGCGUAGACACAAGCGGAUCCAUUCGUCCCAUAAGCCGGUUCUGGUUUGUCCCAGAGACAACUGUCAGGCGUAUUUCUCCACCACCUUCAACCUGCAGCAUCACAUCCGCAAAGUCCACCUGGAGCUGCUCAAGUACAGGUGUCCCUUCGCCGACUGCCCCCGCGUGUUCGCCAUGAGGGAGAGUCUGAGCAGACAUCUGAUCCGUCAUGAUCCCAGCGCCGUCAGCCCGAAGAAACGUCAGCGGCCAAAGAAGUGGUGGCAGCGGCGUCUGAACGGACACCAGCUUCCCCUGGUGGAGGAAAACCUGAACCGACUGUUCGCCUUACGGAUGAGACUCUCCAGGAGAACCAAAGUGGAGACAAACCUGUCGGGUCUGUUCAAUGAGCGCAAGAUUCCUCAUUACGUGGACCCGGAGGUGAACCUGCGAAGCCUGUUCACCAUCAAACGUCCAGCAGAGAAACCCGAAGCUGCAAAGGUGAAAUAAAAAGGUUUUCUGUCAUAUUUAGAAAAAAGAAAAUUGGGUCUCUUUAGUUGAGGUUUCAUAAUGUAGCUUCAUACAUGAAAUGAUAAAUGUGACAUUGGACGCUGAUUUACUUUCUAAAGACUGCAGGUCUUGACUGGAGUGUUUGUUUUGUGACUUUGUCGACCCAAUAAAUUGAUUUCUCAUUCUUG